UUUACAAUCAAAGCAAAAAGGACUGAGUGAAAAUCAUUAAUAUUUAAUUAUGUCUUUACUUGAUGUGAAAUCCGACCUUCAUAGAAAUGUUGCUGAUUUUCCCCCUAAUGUGUGGGGAGAUUAUUUCCUUCAAUAUGCUUCAGACUCCAUGGAACUUGAUCAAAAUAUGGCAGGACAAAUUGAGACACUAAAAAGCAAUGUGAGAAACCUGCUUGUAUCACAGACUGAGAAGCCAUUGGCAAAGGUCCACUUGAUUGAUUCAAUAUGUCGCCUAGGGGUUAGCCACCAUUUUGAAUCUGAGAUUGAAGAUAUUUUGCAAAAUAUUUAUAACAAUCAUGUUGAAGAUGGAGAAAUAACUGUUGAAGACGGACUUUGUUCUCUUUCUGUGCUAUUUAGGUUAUUGAGGCAACAAGGAUUUCAUGUUUCACCAAAUGUUUUUUGUCAAUUCAUGGAUGAGAAUGGAGAAUUCAGUGAAAGACUUAUCAAGGAUGUUGAGGGAAUGCUAAGCUUGUAUGAAGCCACGCAUAUGAUGAUUCAUGGAGAUGACAUUUUGGAAAAAGCUUUGGCUUUCACUAAGAUUCAUCUUGAGUCCAUUGCCAACCAAUCAAGCCAUUCUCUUGCAAUGCAAAUCAAACAUAGCUUAAGGCAGGCACUUCAUAAGAAUUCUCCUAGGCUUGAAGCGCACAGAUUCAUUUUCAUAUACGAGCAAGAUCCUUCUCGUAAUGAAAUUUUACUCACUUUGGCAAAAUUAGAUUUUAACAUGCUCCAAAAGCUACAUCAAAAGGAGUUUGGUAAUAUGUUCAAAUGGUGGAAUGAGUUGGAUGUGCAUAAUCAACUUCCGUAUUCACGAGAUAGGAUGGCAGAAUGUUGCUUUUGGGCAUUGGGAACAUAUUUUGAGCCUCAAUAUUCUGUGGCAAGAAUAAUUAUGGCUAAACUAUAUAUCAUAUUAACUUUGCUUGAUGAUACAUAUGAUGCAUAUGGAAUAAUUGAGGAACUAGAACUUUUUACUAAGGCAAUUGAAAGAUGGGAUAUUUCUUGUAUGAAUAAUCUUCCGGACUACAUGAAAUUUCUCUAUACAAUUAUAUAUGAUCAUUACAAAGAAAUAGAGGAAGAAAUGAUAAAGGAAGGAAGAGUUUAUGCAUUGAACUACUACAAAUAUGAAUUUAUAAGAUACGUUCAAGCGUAUAUGGUUGAAGCUAGAUGGUUAAAUAAUAAUUACGAACCAACAUUAGAAGAAUACAUUCGUGUAUCAAGAAUAUCAUCUGGUUAUUGCCUGGUCAUCACAACAUGUUACAUUGGUAUGGGAAAUAUAAUUACAGAGGAUAUCUUCAAGUGGGUAUCCAAUUUGCCAAAAGUAAUUGAUGCUGCUAUUGUCCUCUGUAGACUAAUGGACGAUAUUGUGUCAAACGAGUUUGAACAGAAAAGAGACCAUGUUUCUUCAUUCUUGGAAUGCUAUAUGAGGAAAUAUAAUAUCUCUAGGGAAGGUGCAAUUCAAGAAGGUCGAAAAAGAAUUGUUGAUGCUUGGAAAGAUAUCAAUCAGGCAUGUCUUAGACCAACUGAUGUUCCGAGGCCUUUUCUGACAUGCAUUUUAAACGUUUCACGUUUUAUGGAUGUGGUUUAUAAAGAUAAAGACAACUUUACACAUUCUGAAGGAGAAAUGAAGACAUUCAUCAAAACUUUGCUUCUUGAUCCGAUGCAGAUUUAAGCAUAAACUGUAAUUUUUCGAUGCGUUGUAUUUCUACUUUUAAUAAAAAACAAUGUGGCUUCAUUGUAUUUCUCCUUUUAAUAAAAAUAAUGUAUGGUGUGAAAUUUGUUU